UUUUAAUAAUUUGGACGAAUCUCACCCGAACCGGAGCCCAGUUUAUUAACCAGCGGGAUCUUUGAGCUAGCAAACAUCACAGUGCGGGUAAUAAACAUGAUCUGUCUGGUACCUAAACUGUGCCGUGGCUCCAUGAACUUGCGUGGGUUGAAGCGGAAGUGGGUGUGUUGUGGCUCCGCCCAGUGACCUAAGCCGAAACCACGCCUUCGGUUUGAAUGGUACUGAGGUGGAAGGAGUCUGGUGGCAAUUGGAGCUGGUCAAUAUGAAGGCGCUAAUUCUCGUUGGUGGAUAUGGCACUAGGCUGCGUCCUUUGACACUGAGUGUUCCAAAGCCAUUGGUGGACUUCUGUAACAAACCCAUACUACUGCACCAAGUGGAGGCCCUGGUAAAGGCUGGAGUUAAUCAUGUGAUCCUCGCUGUCAGCUACAUGUCCGACAUGUUAGAAAAGGAGAUGAAGGAGCAGGAAAAGAGGCUUGGGAUCCGAAUCUCAAUGUCGCAUGAAAAGGAGCCUUUGGGUACAGCUGGUCCUUUAGCCCUGGCCAGGGAACUACUAACCGAGAACUCCGACCCAUUCUUUGUCCUAAACAGUGAUGUCAUUUGUGACUUUCCUUUUGAGGAGAUGGUGCGAUUCCAUAAACACCACGGGAAAGAAGGAACCAUUGUGGUAACAAAGGUGGAGGAACCUUCAAAAUAUGGAGUUGUUGUAUACGAGGCAGAGUCAGGGCAAAUACAGCGCUUUGUGGAGAAGCCACAGGUGUUUGUGUCCAACAAGAUCAACUCAGGACUGUAUAUCUUCUCCCCGGCUGUGCUGGAUCGUAUUCAGCUACGUCCGACCUCCAUAGAAAAGGAAAUCUUCCCUGCUAUGGCACAGGAGGGUCAGUUGUUUGCUAUGGAGCUGCAAGGGUUCUGGAUGGACAUUGGUCAGCCUAAAGAUUUCCUGACUGGCAUGUGCAUGUACCUCCAGUCUGUCAGGCAGAAGCACCCAGAGUGGCUUCAUGUGGGACCUGGCUUUAUUGGGAAUGUUCUGGUGGAUCCCACAGCUAAGAUUGGUCAGAACUGCAGCAUUGGCCCUAAUGUGACUAUUGGCCCUGGUGUGACUGUAGAGGACGGUGUGCGUAUCAAGCGAUGCACUAUCAUGAAAGGAUCCAGGCUGCAUUCCCAUUCCUGGCUCGAGUCCUCCAUUGUUGGUUGGAGCUCAUCAGUAGGACAGUGGGUGCGCAUGGAGAACGUGACCGUGCUGGGCGAGGAUGUCAUUGUUAAUGAUGAGCUUUACCUGAAUGGAGCCAACGUCCUGCCGCACAAGUGCAUCUCCGAGUCUGUACCCGAGCCACGGAUAAUCAUGUAGAAGUGCAACGCUACUGCUCAGACAGCACUUAGCUCUAUUUGGAUUGGGGGCUGUGACCUUUAUUCUGUGCUGUCCAGCAGUGAGGGUUUUGCGCUAUAGUACAGAGGAGCACAGAAAUAAAGAAGAGUAUAAUCUCAGGAUAUGGCAUCCUCUACAAUCAUGGGUAUACAGGCUGGCGCAGUGCUAAGAGUAUGGCUAGUUUGCCAGUAGGCAUGGGAGUUGAGGGACUGUCUGUCGGACUGUGGUGCCUUGGUUUCUUGAUGAGCCGGGACAACUUGCUGGGAAUCGGGCUGUUACCCCUCCAGAUGUUCUGUGAUAUAAGGAGCAGCCUUCCCAGGGGCCUCAGAUACUGAAAGGAACUGCCAAACACUGUGCUCAGCCCAACUCUCCAACUUCCCAUAACUGCUGCUUCUUCAUGGGCCUAGAACUCAGUGGAAAUUGCCAGUAAUACCGGUGGCUGAAGGCUACAAUGAAUAUCAGGUACAGUGUGCCACUCCCAUGUCUCACUGCAGCCUGUGGGUAUUUAAUGGAAGCAGGGUUUUAAAAGGAUUUAAAAUGCAGAUUUCUCAUACAGAGUGCCAGAUGAAUUUACUAUGAGAACUCUACUGUGUCAUUUGUGUUUUAAAAAAACAAACAUCUUAUAAAGAAGAUUUUUAACUACCA